GAAUCUUUUGUCUAUAGACGGAUAUGCAGUGGGGUUUUGUAACUUGGAGAGAAGUUUCUUCGUACAGGAUACCCACUUCUUUUCUAUUCACCCAAAAACAUAUUUGCUAUUGUAGUAAACUACAUGAACUGUGUAAAGGCUUGCCCUUAAUUGGACAGCUAUCCAGUCCUUUGACUAGGAGUUGUUUGGGAAGCAGUAACUUGUCGGUUACAGAAUCCAGCAAGAUACAGCAUCCCAUCCACCAAAACCUGGAAAACUCCAAAAAUUUACAAUAUACGACCUUUCCAGAAGAUCUCCUGUUUCAUUGGUUUGAAAAUAACCCAGAAAAUGAAGACUUUUAUUCCUUGUGGCAACAACUGAGCAACCAACUUGCUCACCUGCCAGGUGCAAAACGAAGUAUAUUGAACUUGUGUCAAGCUAGAAUCUUUGCUUGUAGCAAAUAUAGUUUGUAUCGUGUAAAGAGAGGUUUGCACAUUGCGCAAGUGUUGUGUGAGAUACAGGCAGAUUUCUUGACCAUAGUUGCCGGGAUAUUAGUAAAUAUUCCUUCCAAUUCUCCUGUUCAGAACCUUUCCAUUGGAAGUGGUUUUCAAGUACUGGUGGAAAGCGUAUCUCGUUCAUUAUCUUUCAUAUGGAGUUGCUUUGGUCGAUGUGAUACGGAAUCAGCAAAGAUGGUACAAGAUUUGUAUCAACAUGCCAAGGAUAAACGCGGUCUUCUUAUAGCAUUGGUUGUUUUCUUAAUAGAUUUGCGAUACCAAUGUAACAGUCCAUUUUCUAUCGCUGGUAUAGACGAAUCGUUGGCAAAGAUUUGUUUACAUGUAUUGGCUCCAGUUGCUAGUUGUUUAGGUAUAUGGAAACUUCAGUUGGAAUUGGAAGAAGUUGCUUUUCAUGUUCUUUAUCCUACGGAGUACGAGAGUCUUUCUCGUCAUAUUGGAAGAAUUUUACAACAGCGUUCUAAAAUUUUGGAAUAUGCUAGAUUCCAUAUUUGUCGGUUGCUAGACACAUCAAGUAAAAUUCAGAACCAGAUUUUGUCCUUUACCGUUCAUGGAAGAGUGAAAGGUCUUUAUUCAAUAUAUAAAAAAAUGAAACGUGGAAGGAAACUGAAAGAAAUUUAUGACUUAAUUGCAUUGCGUAUAAUUAUUAAACCUCGAAAUCCAAUGAAGGAAGUUCAAGCAUGUUACUCAGUAUUAACAAUAGUGGAACAACGUUGGUGUCCUGUGGCGUACAGAAACAAAGAUUUUAUCAAAUAUCCAAAACUGAAUGGUUAUAGAGCGCUACAUACCACGGUGAUAUUAAAUAAGAUUCCAUUCGAAGUACAGAUACGUUCAGAAGAAAUGCAUUAUCACGCGGAAUAUGGAAACUCGGCACACUUUCUAUACAAAUUGAGUCAAUCAAGUGAUAGCGACCAAGGUGUUUAGUUCAGCAAAGAAAUUAUCAGUCAAUGUGGAUUUAAAAUUAUUCCGUUCAUCGGUAACCUAACUACAAUAAUUAUGAAUAUUGUACAUAUUGAUUACUUUAUCAGAUUUAAAUUAAUUGCAUAAAUUAAAAUUUUAAAAU